AUGGCGGCAUUAUCUGAAUAUGAAAACGCUAUGUUCCUUGAGCUUAUGGAUGAUGACGGGCUGUUUGUCACAGCCAAGGGUUUGAGUUUUGAGCGAGUUAUCGCGAGUUUUCUGAAGAUUCAUUGUGUUACGAGCGAUCCUUCCUCAAUAUCUUUAGUCCUUGUGAUCAACACGACAGAUCAGGAAGAGGACUAUAUUCUUGAUGAACUUAAGUCUUCAGAUGUUCCACUGCCAAAAGUUAUCACCACUGAAUUCACCUCUUCAGAGAGAGAGUCUGUGUAUCUUUCUGGAGGUGUCCUUUUUGUCACUUCAAGAAUCUUGGUUGUAGACAUGUUGACAAAGAAGCUGCCCAUUCAUCUGGUGACAGGAAUUGUUGUAUUACGUGCUCACAAAAUAAUAGAAUCUUGUCAGGAGGCUUUCAUUCUUCGAUUAUACAGAGAAAACAAUAAGACUGGUUUCAUCAAAGCCUUAUCAGACAAUCCUCAGGCUUUUACUUCAGGUUUUUUUCAAGUGGAAAAAGUGAUGAAGAAUUUAUUUGUAAGAAGACUAUAUCUUUGGCCUAGGUUUCAUGCAACAGUUUCAGCAUUUCUGGAAAAACACAAGCCAGAGGUUAUUGAGCUUCAUCUCCAUCUAACACCUUCCAUGCUGGCAAUUCAAACAGCAGCUCUUGAUCUGAUCAAUACAUGCCUUAAGGAGCUGAAGAGAGCAAAUCCAACACUUGAUGCAGAUGAUCUGACUGUAGAGAACAGUAUCAGCAAAUCCUUUGACAAAAUCCUGAGAUUUCAACUUAAUCCUGUUUGGCAUCAACUGGGAAACAAGACAAGACAGUUGGUUGCUGAUCUUAAAGUUCUCCGGCUUAUCCUACUCUAUCUUACACAAUAUGACUGUGUGACAUUUUACAACUUUCUGGAAUCACUCAGGGCUAGUCAACGUGAUGUCAAGAAUCAUUCACUUUGGAUGUUCAUGGAUGCUGCAGAUUCCUUGUUUGUGCAUGCAAAGGCAAGGGUUAUUGAAUUUACUGAAAGUAAAAACAAGAAAAUGAAAGGAGAAACAUCACAACAGAAGGAAGAGAAUUCUAAAGGCUACAGCAGUGACAAGGAUCAGAAAGAGGAAUUAGUUCUGGAGGAGAGUCCGAAGUGGAGGCUUGUGUCAGAAGUGUUAGCAGAGAUUGAGCGGGAUGAUGCUGAUAAUGACAAAUUUGGACCUGGUCAUGUUCUGAUUGCUGCUUAUGACGAAAGGACGUGCUCACAGCUCAGAGAUUACCUCUGUGAUGGAAGCGAAGCUGUUCUCACUCGCCUUUACAACAAGUUAAUAAAACCUGCAGCAACAGUGGCUGAGACGUCAGAGACAGCUUCCGUAAGUGGAGAUACUCUGCAAAGUGACGCUAGUGCAAACAUUUCCAACAAAAAGGAUUUACCGUCAUCCCGUCAACGCCAUGUUCAACCUGGAAAAAAAGGGAAAUCAAAAAGGAAAGUGGCUGCCCCAAGGAAGAAAGCGCCUUUAGAUCAGUCAGAUGAAGGAAACAGUGCAUCGAAGACCCAGUUAUUCAAAGGAUCAAGAUCAAAUGUUCUUUUGAGGCCAGGUGAAGUAAACAAAGCGGCAGAACAGGACUCCCCUCCAAUAAAACUGCUGUCAUCACGAAUGACCAUCAUUCAUCCUCUAACAGGUUGCAGUGAUCGUUACAGUUUGCUGAGGACUCUUUGGGAAGUAGAGCCUCGAUAUGUUGUGCUUUAUGAUGCGCAAAUGCAGUUUAUACGCCAACUUGAGGUUUAUAAGGCAUCCAGACCUGGAAUUCCUCUUCGUGUUUAUUUCUUAAUCUACGCUGGUUCAGUCGAGGAACAGAAAUACUUGACAACUCUUCGGAAAGAAAAAGAAGCGUUUGAAGUGCUGAUAAAAAAUAAAGGGACCAUGGUUGUCCCAGAGGAACGUGAAGGUAAAACAAGUGCAGCCAUGAUGUUGAGUAGAGACCCGUCUAAGGCGACAGAUGCUGUGAGCACUAGGAAAGCAGCAACAUGCGACGAAGGAAAUAAGCAAUCAAGAAAGGUCAUUGUCGACAUGCGGGAGUUUCGCAGUGAGCUUCCUUCACUGAUUCAUCGGAGAGGGAUUGAUGUAGAACCUGUGACUUUAGAGGUUGGUGAUUACAUUCUUACCCCAGACAUUUGUGUGGAGCGUAAGAGUGUGAGUGAUUUGAUUGGCUCGCUCAACAACGGAAGACUGUAUCACCAGGCUGUGGCUAUGGUCAGGUUCUACAAAAGACCCAUUUUGUUGAUCGAGUUCGAUCCAAACAAGUCAUUUUCCCUGCAGGCGAAGUCAAGUUUGUCAAGUGAGGUAUCCUUCAAUGACAUAUCUUCCAAGUUGACUUUACUUACACUUCAUUUUCCUAAGUUGAAAAUCUUGUGGUGUCACAGCCCGUAUGCAACAGCUGAGCUUUUUGACGAUCUGAAGGCAAAAUGUCUUGAACCAGAUGCCGCCACAGCCAUGGCUGUGGGCUCUGACUCCACAGCAGUUGCCUCAGAUGUUACAUACAACAUUGGACCACAGGACUUCAUUUUAAAGCUUCCUGGCAUAAAUUUCAAGAACUACCGAUCUGUCAUGAGAAACGUGGAGAGUGUUCAAGAACUUUUCACACUGCCUCAGGAAAGGCUUGCAAAUAUUUUGGGCAAUGCUAACAGUGCUAAACAACUCUGGGAGUUUAUUCACACCGAUAACAAAGGUCGUGUGCAGCCACAAACAUCCUCGAAAGUAAGAAGAUGAACUUCUUGGACUUGUUGAAAACAAGCUGUCACAGUAUAGUAUGUAUAGAGGAAAUAAAAAUUUACCAUGGGCAAA